CCUUCGUUCCACCCUUUUGGCCUCUCUUCAUCUUCCCACCCACCCCACCACUUUCCCUUCUUGCAUCUCUCAGUGUCACUCACUCAUUGUACUACUGAGUAGAUUAAGAAUGUCGAGCGGAAGGAACAGGAUCUCGGAAGAGGAGAUCGAUGAGCUUAUCUCCAAGCUUCGAUCCCUCCUCCCGGAGACCCGUCGGCGCGGCGCCAGCCAGGUGUCCGCGGCGAAGUUACUGAAGGAAACGUGCAACUAUAUCAGGAGCCUGAACAGGGAGGUGGACGACCUCAGUGACCGGCUCUCUGCGAUCAUGGCGACCAUGGACACCAACAGCGCCGAGGCCGAGAUCAUCCGGAGCCUGCUCCGUUCCUGAUUGACGAUAGCUCAGUUAAUAUAAUCACAUCUAUAUAGAUAUGGAAGUCCACAUCUACAUGACCACGUAGAUGUAUAUAGAUAGUGUACGUACGUAAACUCUGUUCGGAGAGUGCGAGUUAGGAAGUAGCAAGCAUCAGUAUUUCCUUUUUCUUGUUCUUUUUCUUUCACUUUGUGAAUGCCUGGCUCGAGUUGUUAUCUCUGCAGACAACCGACCGACAUCUGCAUUAAAAAAAUAGUAAUGCAUGUAAUCAGUCAAGGUUCUACAUGAAUCUAUGGUAUUGCCCAUCUAAUCUGGAAUCUAACGAAGACCGUGUUUUCUGUAACUCUGUUGAUAGCGUUGUUAAAUGCCACAGUCCACAAUUCAUCUCUUGGUGCUAUGCAUUCUGACUCGUCUCGUCCUUUGACAAGUAAGUUAAGCGAAUUUGGAAUGCCAACUCCUGUUAAAUUUAAACGUUAUCAUAUAUGAAACGUGUUUAUGAUUGUAGCGAAGCAGAAAACAUUAAUGACCGUGCAUGUGUUCGGGUUGCCAGUUUCUUCGAAUCAGCAGCAGCUUCGAUGAAAGAGGCUUCUUCCUUGCCAAAGAUAAAAGGACGAUUCAUGAGGGAGACGAUCAACGAUACGGAUUUGUUCGUGAGGACGAAACGUCAACGUCGCAUGCGUAUAGGAUGAGGACGUGGGCCCCAUGGAGCGGCCCGGCUGUACAGCCUAUAGGACGCUUUUUUUCGGUAGGUACAGAAACGGUUGAACUGACGGUUUAACUUGUAACUUCGUAGAGCAAGUGCGCAGCAGGAAACAUACAGCAAACAAAUAGAAAAGUAAAAGAAUUGGAACUCGCACAUCAAAUGACCUGAAAAUUAGAGGACAUGAUACCAAAUCCGCGGUAUUACGAUUAAUAUGAUGUCAAAAACCUAUGACUGCACUGUACAGAUCAUGAUUGAUAAAAGGAAGAAAAAAAACAGAAGUAUUUCUAAAACUCGUCCAAUUUCCCUACGCCGGAUAACAGGGACCUGCAAAUUCAAAGAGCAUGCUGAUUUAGAGCAUAGAAAUUUUGAAAACUCUUUAAAAAUAUAAAGAUUGAAUCAGAGUGUGAAAUGUAUGCUCUUUUAGAGAGACUGGUUAAUUCUUGUUCUAAGUUUCCAAGAUUGGAAAACGAUUUUUAAAAAAUCGGGCUGCAAGAAAAUAGCCAAACUGUUGUUCCUAAAGAUUUUUCCAUGAACAAUUCACAGAGGAGAAAAUAGGAGUCGAUGACGAAUUUAAAGUAGAAUAGCAGCGGAUCAACUACGAUUUUCAAGGAUUCGAAACAACUCCAGCCCUUGUCAAUGAUAAUACAAUAGUUCGUAAAAGCAUAGCACACAAACCAUUUACCAAGGGGAAAACAGGAGCAGAUGACAGAUUUGAGGUAAGAGAGAGACGACAAAUCAAAAUCGAAUCAGAAAUACGAAAAACAACAAAGGAAACUGAAGAAAUCGAACCUAAUCAAGCCGAUCCGAGGGCGGUCCUGCUAUUGCGAAGCGGAGAGGCCGGAAGCGAUGCGACUCGAGAACAGAGAGCCGCAUCGGCGGAGACGGAGGCAUGAUGGAGGGCGAGGUGGAACCGGAUAACCCUCUCACUCAACCCCUCCCCAGCGACGGCGCCUAUCCGCAGGUCCUCUUCGCGGAUCCGCCUCACCUGGCUGUGGACCAACGGCGUCGAAGGGCUCCUCGGUUCCUCCUCGUCC